AUGUAAUCACCUCAUAUGGCUUGAUGCUCUGGGGAACCUCGGUAGCAUAAAGCAGUUUUCAUUUUACAAAAAACGGUUUGGAAAAGUCUAUUCUCCAAUGAAAACACUGAAAAACCAUCAAUUCUAGGCCAAUGUAACUUUUUUUUUAAGAAAUGCUACUACCUAUGAAUCUGCAACAGUUCUGAAGCUUCGGCAAUUUUAAUUUACUAAAUAAAUCUGGACAUGUAAGUAAAUUAGCACUAGAGGGUAAGCUAACAUUGACAAAAUGAGACAUUUAAAAAAAUUUUUACUUACGGAUUUUGAAGUUAAGAAUAUGAUGAUUAUAACAGCUUCAUCUUCAUAUAACUUAAUUUCCUGAUACUGUUUACAAGGUACACGUUAAAUCUAAGACUUGAAUCAAUAAUAAUAACUUGAUUCUUGACAUUAUCAAAAACAAAACGGAAU